AUGAAUUAUAUUUUCCUCUGCGAUAACCAAUAUGCUGUUUUCUACAACAUCCCGCCACGGUUUGGAGCUGCAGAGCUUGCAGCAGACCUCCCAUGCUCAGAUGAACUAUUUGAAGCAACAACCAGCAUUGAAUAUUAUGCGAAUGUAACGAAAGGGGUUCCAACCCCACCACUAUCGCUCUCUCAAUCUGUUAGCACUUUGCUGGCUGAAGAUUGGCCAGAUGGUCAAGGGGAACUUUUCAACAGGACCACCAGACUUGGCCUAUUUAUUGUUAUAAGUGUGUUACACAACAUGAUCUGGGUGGCUCACAACAGUGGAUUGGGCAAGUUCGCAUUAGACCCUAUUCAUCGCGCGCUUGUUCGUUGGCAAUCUAUCUGGGAUGGAUCUAAGAAAAACAUGACUCCUCAACAAGUAAGAGAGCUUGGCUUUGUUCGGCACUCCGACGAAUACUGCUGGCUCGCGAAAACCUUACUCCGCCUAAUAGGGACAGGGCAGGCUGAUCCCGCUUCUGAGGAUGCUGACCCUUGGGGGCGCAGUCCUCAAAUAGAUCUUGAAAUGCGGUACCUAACCUUUGUGCUCCAGAAGUAUGACAUAGGUACUAGUUCAGAAUGA